AUGGAUUACACCCUGGAACCCAAUGUCACCAUGACCGACUACUACCCUGACGUCUUCACCAUGCCCUGUGACACAGAGUUCCUCCUCCGAGGCAGCAGGUUGCAUCUUGCCAUCUUCUACUGCAUCUUGUUUGUGCUGGGCCUUCUGGGAAACAGCCUGGUCAUCCUGGUCCUUGUGGCCUGCAAGAAGCUGAGGAGUAUUACAGACAUCUACCUCCUGAACCUGGCCAUUUCUGACCUGCUUUUUGUCUUCUCGUUCCCCUUUCAGACUCACUACCUGCUGGACCAGUGGGUGUUUGGGACUGUCAUGUGUAAAGUGGUCUCUGGCUUUUAUUAUAUUGGCUUUUUCAGUAGCAUGUUCUUCAUCACCCUCAUGAGCGUGGACAGGUACCUGGCUAUCGUCCAUGCCGUCUAUGCCAUCAAAGUGAGGACGGCCAGAGUGGGCACAGCCCUGAGCCUGGUGGUGUGGCUGAUUGCCAUCACGGCCACCAUUCCAUUGCUGGUAUUUUAUCAAGUGGCCUCUGACGAUGGUAUUCUACAAUGUUUCCCAUUUUAUGACAAUCAGUCUUUGAGGUGGAAGCUCUCUGCUCACUUUGAAGUAAACACCUUGGGCCUGCUGCUCCCCUUUGCCAUCCUUCUGUUCUGCUACACCAAGAUCCUGCACCAGCUGCGCGGAUGCCAGAACCACAACAGCACCAGGGCCGUCAAGCUGGUGCUCACCGUCGUCAUUGCCUCUUUGCUCUUCUGGGUCCCGUUCAACGUGGUUCUCUUCCUCACGUCCCUGCACGACAUGCAUGUCUUGGACGGAUGUGCCCUGAGCCAGAGGCUGGCUCUGGCCACCCAUGUCACGGAAGUCAUCUCCUUCACACACUGCUGUGUGAACCCUGUCAUCUACGCCUUCAUAGGAGAAAAGUUCAAGAAGAACCUUGAAGAUGUGUUUCAAAAGAGUUGCAGCCACAUCUUCCUCUACAUAGGGAGGCAAAUGCCAGCGGGGGCAUGGGAAAGGCAGCUGUCCUCACAUCCGCGCUCUUCUCACUCCUCUACCCUGGACUACAUCUUGUAG